AUGAAAUAUCCCUACGUGUCCCAAAGUACAACCAUGGCAGUGAACAACGGCACCCACGUAGACGAUGUUGAUCCCCUUUUCAUAUCGUCAUGUUGGAAUUCCAAUUCUGAUAUCCAACCUGAAUACAUAGAUGCCCAUAAACUUAUCCUAGGCGGACACAUCGGUAAUCUAGAAUCAGAUAAAUUACUGUUAGAUUCAUCUCUUCAUGAUGACGAAGAAAUAGAAUCAAAGUCUAAUAUGGAAGCCCUAGAUAACCUCUUAAUAAAUACUGGUUUAGCCGAAUUGAAACCUCUGCCUCCCUUCACAGGUUACACUGCGAACCUGAGCAUAAACGGCAUACAAGGCCAUCACUAUCACACCAUAUCCCAAAGAAACCCUGAAGAAAAUAACAACAAUUAUAGUAACUUUAACGAACAAAAUAUAGUGUCUAGUUCGACGUGCAAUAUUAGUGCAGACUCAGCUGGUGAUCAGGACAGUAAAGCGUUUUUCUCUAGUGACAGUUAUACGGAUUGUGUUAAUCCUGAUUCCGCUUCUUCCUUAAAAUACGAGGAUUGUAGUCAACAUGCUGUUAACAUAAAAACUGAAGUAGCUGACUACGAUAUUUCUUCUAUAGAUGACAUAGCUGCUAUAAUUGGCACAGCCAUAGCAGAUACCACUGUUCCUAAUAAUAAUCCAGACCGCGAAGGACCUACAGGAUCUAGAGAUAGCUGGAUGGAUUUAGAUGCCUGGAUAGAUGGAGCUUGCGUAGACCAACAAAAAGAACUGAUAAUAACUCAAGAUGGUUUAUCGGAAUUUGUUAUACCAUCUGUACAGCCACAACAAACUGGCUCUACAUUGCAGACGAUCUUAACACAUGGUUACAUGCCGAACAGAAUGCAGAUUAAAGCAGAAGCCCAUAGUUCAACAAACUAUGGAAACAUUGCGACAGCUAUUCAAAAUAUUAGAAAUAAUAUAGACACGCUAAUUCAUGAAGAAUGGCAAUCACAAGACCCACAAGAACUAAACUUAAACAACAACACCCAAUCAAGUCCAAGUACAAGCAAGAAGAGACGGUUUGUUGAAAACGAGGACCCCAUUCCUAAUUUAAGGAUUUGUAAGGAAAUUUUUGAUACAAUGUUAGAGCAGGUAAAUGAAAGUUUUAGUUUUACUACCCACCUAACAGUUGCAAGUUUAUUCGAUAGUGAAAAAUUUUAA